UGCAGGUACUCUCCGUUUCCCGGCGUGCCUUUCUUCCGUGUCAGUAAAAAAGUCCAUUGGAAACUCAUAAUUUUGCCUCAAUUUUCUCUCGUAUUCUAGCGAAUUUCGAGAUCAAUUGGGCACAAUGAGUUCGGUCGGACUUCCUAGAAGAAUCAUUAAGGAAACACAACGAUUGGUGGCUGAGCCAGUUGCUGGGAUUCAAGCUGUUCCUGAUGAAAGCAAUGCUAGAUAUUUCCAUGUCACAGUGAAUGGCCCAAAAGAUAGUCCUUACGAGGGAGGAACAUUUAAGCUGGAGCUAUUUCUCCCAGAAGAGUAUCCCAUGGCUGCACCAAAAGUGCGAUUUAUGACUAAGAUUUACCAUCCUAACAUUGACAAGUUGGGACGAAUCUGUUUGGAUAUUUUGAAAGAUAAAUGGAGUCCUGCACUUCAGAUUCGCACUGUACUGUUGUCUAUUCAAGCAUUACUUAGUGCUCCUAACCCUGAUGACCCACUUGCCAACGAUGUGGCCGAGCAAUGGAAAGUAAAUGAAGUACAAGCAAUAGAAACAGCUAAAGCAUGGACCAGGUUAUACGCCAAUGCUAGCUAGUUGUAUAAUACUCUUCUACUUGAGUCUCUCACAGGUGCAGACUAUCUCAAAAGACUUCUUUAAAUAGCUUUUUGGCAAGUUGCCAGUGCUUGGUGGGAAACAGAUUUUGUUUCUUUUUUUACAGACUUGAAAAAAAAGAAACAAACUCAACCACCAUCACUAUACUGAAUUGCUUGAGUCUCUUUUGAUAGGUAUUGUAUUCAAAGAUAGUCUUUUUGUUCAUGUUGAAGCACUGGUAAUAGUAUAGUGACAGAUACAGUUUGGAAUCUUUCCUAUUCCCUACAACCACUUACGAAAAAACUGCUGCAAUGGCAUUUGAUGUGGCUGGCAAAAUAGUGUCUGGUCUGCCUGUUAGCUAAAGGUUCGUUCCCAUGUGUAUCAUCACCUUGAUUACAUGAAAGAGUGUCCAAGCUGUCAGCUUGAUUAUAGUUACAUGUAAUUUUGGUAAUGAGGAGAAGAGCCUUGUCUACUGUUGUUAAAGCAAGUCCAAGUUUCUAAGUAUUAUGGCUAGAAAGUUACAAGUUCAUCUUUUCAAGUCAAGUUUUUAUUUCUAAAAUAUUUUGGAUCUGAGCAUGGUUCUCUACCUCAUUACACAACAACAAACAUAUAGUGUUGUUUUGGUACUGUGGUGCUUAUUUUGUACUGUCAUUGUACAAAACAAAUAAAAUAUCAAGAAAUCUC